GAAUUGCGUUAGUUAGCAGCUCACCGGUGAAGUGAGCAGGCAGAAAACAACGCAGAGGCAAUUUUGUAGAAGUGCAGGUAAAUUAUAUGGCUUCUAUAUAAAGUUAAACAACCGACAGUUAGGUCGGGAACUCGUAAAUCAAUAAUUACCCGUUUGAGUUAACGCUAUGAGGCCCAUGUCAUUAGCUGAAAUGAUGGUUUCUCACAGGUCAAACUUGUGCAUCAUUGCGAAACUGCUCCUGCCGCCACUUGACGUUAUUAUUUUUUUAACAGUCUUAUUUUUUGGCGUUACUGUUGUAAGUUACUAUAAAAUGGUGUCCGAUCACUAGAGGUCCGUGUACGUUCAGACAGUUUGUUUAAACGGGAAAAUAUAGACGGACCUCCCGGCCGUUGCAGAAGCAGUGAUUCGUUAACAUGAAACAGGACCGUUCAUGGUCGCCGCUAUCCGUUAUGCUGCACGCCGUGGUUAAACGUUACACGGACGUCUGCCAUGAAACACUUUAAUGGGCAACAAGAAUUGUUCACCUGUUUUCCAAAUCAUCGAUGCGCAAUUAAGGCAGAAUGAGUGUUAGAAACUGUUCUUCAACUAGUAUUCACAGGUUACGAAUUAAUGCUCAGUUAGCUUACAGUUAACAUAAUUAAGCUAGUAGGACCAAUUUAAUUCGUUUCUGUUUUGAAUUGUUCGCGUUAGCCGUUAUGCUACUCUCAACCUGGGACAUGCCUCUUGUGACUGCUUUUUUCUGAGCGACUCUACUUCAGAAACUUAACGUGGCUGUCAACAGACUGAAUUAUGUAGGAUGCUUAUACUUUCAAUGCUUUUGUGAAAGCUGGCAAAGAAGACUGGGAAAGAGCAGGUGGUUUCUCAGACCUGUUGCUGACAUGCAGCCGCUAACUUUGACGAACUACACUACCCCUAAUACCCCACUUUGGAAAGCGCUGAAAACUAGCCAAACAGUUGUAAUGUCUUCCAGCAGUAAUACAGCACUAAUCAAUAUAAAUGUGAUGAGAAAGCCCUGUGCACUAUGUUUGAACCUUACUGACACCAGAAUGGAGAUAUCCAAGAGGAGAAUCUUACCAAAACAUCUGGUGCCUGCGAGACCCCUGCGCCGCUGCCGCCAUGUUGACAUUGAGUCCAGUAUGACCGCUGCUACAUGUGCACCGACAGUGAUGGAGGAAAUGGAUGAAGAGACAAAUAUUGACAUAGAGCAGUUCUGCAAGAUUGUCAACCUGCACAAACAGAAAGAAGGCAGAAUAUCUUACACAAGAGAUUUUUUAAUUGGUCUCGCAAGUUGUCCUGAGGCCAGGAAGAGGCCAGAAUUCUUGCCAGACCACCCUGUCACCUUAACCAAGGCAAGAGAUCUUGGGCACCUAAGACUUCAUGAAAUGAGGAGGGAUGAGGAAAAGAAGAAAUGAUGGCAGAAAGCCUUCACUUCCCUUAAGAAAUUUGCACAGGUCUUCACUACACCCCAAAGAGUGUUUCUGUUGUUUUUUCUUUUUACUUUGCUUGGUGAAUUUAACUUGUGACAUUUAAAUUUGCAUGUUUAUUGUUGUGAUAACAGUUUGAGGUGAAGUUGCAUGAAGUCAGGACACUAAACACUUUAUUUGAUUGAGUAUGAGUGUUGCUUUUUUACUUACAUUUUCUGCUGUGUGUGACUUUGGCAAUAGUAGAGUGUUUAUUUUUUGUAAAAAAAAGUUCUAACUUAAGAUAUUAAUGAAAAAAAUGCCAUUUAAUGCAGAUUUAUCGCUCAUUGUAUUAGAGUCAUGAAACAAACCCAACUUGAAGUGACAGUGAUGUUUGUCAUCAGCUGUAUUAGAUGGGCUUACAUCAGCAUUGUGGUUGUGUCUUACUAAACAUGU